UGGCAAUCACUUUCAUCAAACGUCUCCUCCAAUCAGAAAAGAAGGCGUGUCUUAUGAGGUAGUUCCGUGAUUCAACGGAUAAAUGUCGGGAAAAAUCGAUAAAUAACUUUAGGCGCAAAACCUGGGAAGAUUUCCGAUUGCAGAUGGUGAUUCGCCCGCGCUGACAUGAAGCUCGCGCUGCUGCUCCUGUGCCUCGCGCUUCCCGCGCCGCCGCUCGCGGCCACUCUGUCCAAAACGGACGCCAAGAAGAAGUCGUCAAAGUCCGUGGAUUCGGAGCAGGCGGCACCGGCGGAUCAGCCUGUUCAGGAGCGGGGACUGGUGGCGCCAGACCCUCAGUGGAGAGACAUCGUGCGGGAGGAGAAGAGAUACUGCUCCAAAACCACGGGGGUCCGAAACUUUCAGGGACCAGUACUGGGCUACAUCACUCCAUGGAACGCACACGGCUACGACAUCGCAAAGCUGUUUGGCCCCAAGAUGAGUCUGGUGUCCCCCGUGUGGCUGCAGCUGAGACGCAGGGGGCAGGAGAGCUUCCACAUCACUGGCCUCCAGGACCACGACCCAGGUUGGGUAAAAGCAGUGAGGAAGAGCAACAAGAAGAUAAAGAUUUUGCCUCGGCUGCUCUUCGAUGGCUGGUCGUACCAGGAUUACAUGAUUGUGCUCGACAGCGAGGAUGAGAUUGAGGAGCUGGGCAGAGAAGUGGUGGAGGUGGCCAAGGCCGAGGGCUUUGAUGGCUUCGUGCUGGAGAUGUGGAGCCAGUUGGGAGGAAACAAGAGGAAAGAGCUGGUUCACCUGGUGACACAUGUCUGUGAGACUCUGAAGACAGCAAGGCUCAGCUGUAUCCUCGUCAUCCCUCCACCGUUGGCUCCAGGCACCGGGCAGCCUGGCAUAUUUGGACAGGACGAGUUUGAGCAGCUGGCCCCAGUGGUGGACGGGUUCAGCCUUAUGACCUAUGAUUUUUCCCUCCCCGGAAGGCCAGGCCCAAGUUCACCUCUGUCUUGGGUACGAGAAUGCGUCCUGCAGCUGUGCCCUCAGACCAAGUGGAGACAUAAGAUCCUGCUGGGCAUCAAUCUAUAUGGUCUGGACUUCUCAAGCCAGGGAGGCGCUGAACCCCUGCUUGGGGGCAGGUACAUCGAGCUGCUGAAGGAACUGAAGCCGAAGCUGCAGUGGGACGAACAGGUCGGGGAGCAUCACUUCAGCUACAAGAGGGGCAGCUCGGCCAGACACGUGGUCUACUAUCCAAGUCUGAAGUUUAUACAGCUGCGUCUGUCCUUGGCCACAGAGCUGGGGACCGGAAUAUCAAUGUGGGAACUGGGACAAGGACUUGACUAUUUCUAUGACCUCUUGUGACAAGUACUGGACGACAGAUACACAGCGAACCACAACCUUGUUCUACCUUGAACAUUUACAUACAAGCGCAGCGCACAAACUACACAGCUGCACCAGUCAUUCGUCCUUGGGCACGUCAAUAAAAGUUAUUUAUCGGGAUUUCUCAUCAUGUCCCCAAAGCACUGCGGUGUGUUUGGUGAUGCUGAAAUUCUCUGUGCAGCCCACAAGCAAGAGUGGUACAAAUCAGUAACUGGUGAUUUUCCCGGAGCUGGUGCCACAGCAUGGUACCAUCAAAGGGGCAUAGAACCUCGGUUUAAUAAGGAUCAUAAAUUGAGGUCUCUGCAGUUCUAAUUUACUUUUACUGCAUUUCAUUCAGUUUGAAUGCUCUAAAAUUAUAAAUAACACACUCAGCACCAUCGAUACAAAGUUUUUAUUUUUUAUAUCUCAUUAAGUUUUUUCCAUAAAUACAUUAACAUUUUUUUAAGUUAUUUUAGUUGCCGUUUACAAGAGUUCUGAAAAGGGGUCUGGAAUAAAAGACAACUGUGUUCAUACAAAUAUCUCUCCAGGGUUUUUGGUUAGACGUCACCGCCAUAUCUCAUCAUCAUCAU